UGUUCUUAGUUUACACUCUCAUAAAUUGGCACUAUGAGUGUAUUGGAAUGGAAAAGCGUCGAACUGUUCAAAAUAAUAGCAUUAGCUUCUACCAGAUUACCGACUAUAACUGCUGGUAUUACGGCUCACUGUUCCAACUCAACCAAAAGUGUCAAUGGACCACCCGCUGCAACCACAACCUCAGUACUUUGUGACGAAAAUGGAUUUGUACAUGUUAUUUUUGAAAAUGAAAAAAAACAGAAGUCGAUUAGCUUUAAAUGCAAUAGCAGCCAACACCCAGUUAAAUUGUGUGCACUAACGACAAACAAUAUACUUGCCACAAUACAAGAGGACAACGAGAAAUGUUUAUUAUGGGUUCAUAUAUACGACCUAAGGAAUUUGACGAAAAAGGACUCGCAUGCAUGCAUCUCAACAAAAAGCGUCCCAACAAAAAAUGCAGCUACAUUUAUUCAAGUGGCGGUCGUGGGACCCGAGAAUGUACUUGCCCUAGGCAUAGGAUUCGAAAAGGGGGACAUUCUGCUGCACUUUGGUAAAAUUAGUCGCGACCUCUUGCUGAACUUUCGCCGUCAUAUUAUUGGGAUGAGCGCUGUAAAUGGAAUCCAAUUUGAGAACAAUCAUCACGAACAAUCAUCGGACAGUAAAGUUUACAUGUUUGUAACUUGCCUUGAUAAGACAUACUGCCUUAAAUUAAAUGAUAAAGGUAACGUGGAAUCCAAAUUCGAUCUUGAUAACGAUAACGAUAACAAAAAAAAAAUUCACAACCAUUGCUGUACUAUUUCUCAACCGAUCGGAUCCGAAUCUUUCCUCGUUGUCGGCCGAGAUGAUGCCAUAUUCUGUUUUACUCGUGAUGGCUUAGGACCCUGUUAUGCUAUUGGAGGGGAAAAGAGAUUCAUUUCAUGGAUAGGACAUCAUCUUGUCGUCGUAGUGAAGAACCUUUCUGACUUCGUGGUCAUAUGUAUGGAUGUUGAAAACAAAUUAAUUGUCUUCAACAAACGAAUUAAGGAUUUGCUUUGUGUUAUCAGUAUCAGUAAAAAUGUAUACCAUAUCAUAACUAAAGGGGAUAGUCUCAAGAACAGUUCCUUCAACAUAUACAAGUUGCAGGAGCACAAUAUCGCAAAUAAAGUAAAGCUUCUCAUUGCGAAGUGUAUGCACGAUAAUGCCCUUCGAAUAUUGGAAAGAUCCGAAAGUGACAACUGUGAGAAUGCAGCACAUGUGCGAUUGCAAUACGGCAAUAAUUUAUUAAUGAGAGGAUCAUUUAACAGAGCAGUCAGCGAAUUUGAGCAAACCAUUGGGGUCAUCAAACCAUACGACAUCAUUUCCAAACUGUUGUAUUCCAGACACAACGUUUAUCUAAAACAGUACUUAAGUAAGUUACUCAAAACUCAACACCAAACAAUCGACCAGAAAAAAUUGCUUGAAACGUGUAUUGAUCGCGAAAAACUCAGCUUGCGAAUUCAACAGUUGUGGGUGACUCGCAAUGAUAGCACUCACAUUGCUGAUUUUAAGCAAUUAUUGGUUGGAUCCAUAAAUUACUCAAGUCUAUUAAAUGCCACGAAUCAAUUGGAAAACAUAAUGUCGGUUUUUCAAAAUACUGACGAACAAGAAAUUUUCAAUUUUUUCCUUGAAUAUGGUAGGGAGCUGCUAUUAGUGGAUCGCAGUAUGGUUUUGGAGACCGUUCAAACAUUGGUAAAAAACGGACAGAUUACAAAUAUACUUCCUUUUUUAAUUAUUUUCUCAGAUCAUACUGAAUUUUGUGCAAGCUUAUUAGCUGACUUUAUAGAUCAUUUUUCCGAUCGGAACGAAAACGUUCAUUAUUAUUUGCUCGUUCUCUAUUUAGGUCUUUGGCGUGAAAAAAAAAUAUCAACACAGAAAAUUCAAGAAUAUUUAAAGCAAACACCUCUUAAAUCUGAAAUGGUGUUAAUAUUAUGUAAGGCUAAUUUAUUUAACAUUGAAUCAAAAGAUCAGCAAGAUAGUGUAGAGCCUGGGCCACUUACUUGUCACGAAGAAAGCAUUGAGCUUCAUAUUAAAGCAAAUCCGAAACUUGCAAACUUGCUAACAGUCGGUCCGCGAUCAUUGCUCUUGAUACUGCACAAAGUAUGUGGUAUGCAAAGCAUACAAAUUUUAGACAUUAGAUCACUUUUCAUAGAAAAGUUCAAAAAAAAUUUAAAUGACGCUAAAUCUGAGCUUCAAUGUAUUGAAAGCGUCAAAGAAGAAAUACAGAAAAACGGCACUCUACUAUCCCAAUUUAAAUUAAAUCCAAUCGAGUUCCGCAAUAGUUGCUGUGAUAUAUGCCGUCAAUCGUUGCACAUGCCCUCAGUCUAUUUUCUAUGUCAGCAUUCAUUCCACAAGGAAUGCAUACCGUAUAAUUAUAAUGCAACUUCUAAGGAGGACGCAACCCUUUGCUUUUUGUGCAACGACAAUAAUAAAUACAACUUGGUAUUAGAUAACGUCAAGUCUGGCGUUUCCACUAAACCUGAAGAUAUAAUUGAGGGUGUUUCAAAUGUUUUUGCUUCAGGCAUAGUAAAAUUAAGAGAUGGUGAACAGUUUGCUAAAACAGUUUGCAAGGAAGACGAAAGCCAUAAUGCAUUUACUAGUAAUACCAAAGAACAUCCCAAAAACCCAUUUGAUGAAAAUUAUGAUUCAAACUUUAAUUGUUUUUGAUUGUUUUUUGUACUCAAAAUUAUAAAACAACAUUGUA